GUCGCUCUAUGAUUGCGUCAUCAGCUUGCGGAAACGGUGCAUCGGCGGUUCCGUGCAUGCUUGCUGCAGCGACAGUGAAAAGGUUUUGCUUGGAUACCAGAGCGGGUUUUAACGUUUUUUCAUCACUAUGUCGUCUCUCCUGAAGGUCGACCGCGACCUGAAGAACAGGGUGGAAACAUUCCGGGAGCAGAUUAGCAGUGAGGCCGAGCACCUGGUCGCCAGCUUUUUUCCUAAAAAGCUCCUGGAGUUGGAUCAAUUUCUCAAGGAGCCUAUUCUCAACGUGAAAGACCUGAAAGAGAUUCAUUCAGAGAUUAAGUUCACAGUCCCAGAGCCGAUUCUCUUCACCAACAGCCACGAUGCCGUGGACGUGAAUUCCAAGAAGAGAAAACUAGAAGACGGAGUUGCGGAUGAGAGCUGGCAAGGUGGAACCAAAACCCUGACGGUGCCAGAGGGAAUGUUGAAAUGCAACACCAAGCUGGUGGACCUGAUUGAACUAGUCAAACCUGAGAUAAGGACAUUGAUUGAGAAGUGUAACACAGUGAAGAUGUGGGUCCAGCUGCUCAUCCCCAGAAUAGAAGAUGGAAAUAACUUUGGAGUCUCCAUACAGGAAGAGACGGUGGCAGAACUGAGGACGGUGGAGUCCGAGGCCGCAUCCUACUUGGACCAGAUCUCCAGAUAUUACAUCACGAGAGCCAAGCUCGUCUCCAAAAUUGUCAAGUACCCUCACGUGGAGGACUACAGGAGGACCAUAACAGAGAUUGAUGAAAAGGAGUACAUCAGUUUGAAAAUCAUUGUUUCAGAGCUCAGGAAUCAAUAUGUGAUUCUCCAUGACAUGAUCCUGAAGAACAUUGAGAAGAUCAAGAAACCCAGGAACAGCAACGCUGAAGCUCUUUACUGACAACUCCUACAAUACACGCACGCACGCACACACACACAUAAACGCACACACAUAUGCAUGUGUGUGCAACAUCUGAGCUCAGUCAAACAAUACUGACCAAUGUUUUGAAGUACCUGAUGGUUUUGGGGUUUUACAACCUUAAAACGAUUCAUGACGUGUCAAAUACGAUGCUGUGUGUAGACUGAUGGUGUGCUGAUAUUCAGUAUUGAAAAGUUUAAAUAAAACGGUGCUCACUAUUUAGUAUGUGAAACCGUAGUGAGCUGUAAACAUGAUCCAAUUUAAAGGAGGCCAUAAGAAUGCAUGAGCAGGUCACAUACACGUUCACACAUCUCCAUUUCUCUCUAUUUUCGUCCUCAACAGUAAUCAACGUGCUUUCCAAUAGUCAACCUUUACUUUGGCCCUUCCACUCGCUCUGGAGUCUGGCCAGGGACUAUAACCCUGUCACAACUCCCACCGGAGGAUCUGUAGGUCCCUUCGUGGGAUUCAUCAUCUGUUUUUUAAAUGUUUUUUUAAAUCCUUUUGGCUCCAUGUCCCAAAGCCUCUACUCUGAUAGGAUGCAGAGCGCCUCCCUCCAGGCUUCAGAUAACAGCUGUAGUUCUGUAGCUUUAGUGUUGUAGUUAUUCUGACUUGCAGAAAUUUGACUGUACAGUUUAUAAAGACAUAAUGGAGGACUCGCGCUUCUUCAUUUCUCCCCCUGUCCACUCGACUUUGUUUGACCCCCAAGCUUCAGGCUGGCAGAGAGCAGUGUGAGGUGGUGUUCUUCAAUGGGAGUGAAAUGGCUGGACCCAAACUCUAUAAUGUGCCUCUAUGCAUCUUUAGCAGGCUUGAAUUGGAAACACAUGUCUUGUCAAAUGGUUUAAUAUUCCCAACUAGAGUCUCUGGUUUCUUCCCGUUUAAUCUAGAGUCUACAGUUUCCACCGGAUCUAUUGUGAUGUAACAAUGUUUUGUAUUUUGUUCACCUCAUGGAAGCCUGGUGCGUUUUAAAGAAACCUUUUGCAACUUGAUUGUGCAAUGAAGAUAACAUGGUGAAGUUUAGGGACUGUCUUUAGUGCAUGCAAAUUGUGAUUUGAGUUUUUAAGCGUACAAAGGGAUAAAGGAACAGACCAGGUAACGGCUGCUGACAUGUCCAAAAGUCUAGUUCAAAGUAAUAGCUUUUGAAAGAAUUGGAAUGCAAAGCACAUAGCCAUCAGUGAAAUGGACAGGCCUCUUGCUUUUAAUUAGAUUAAACUCUCGACAUGUGCAAUCUGGAGCGUCUCUGGUGUCCAGUGUCCCUAUGCAGUAAACGCUGUCUAAAAAGAAAACAGACAACCCGUAUAACACACAAGUGUCUCGUUGCAAUUCAAUGGCCACAGCGGGACAUUUUGAACUGAGCCUGACCACCGAAGCCAUCGCAAAAUAAGCCAUAAAAACACCGUGCGUACAACGCAUGUUGUAAAAAAAGUCAAUGUGAACAGCAAUUGUACAUUAUCACUGAAUAAUGCACACCCCGUGACUCACUCUCAACCAAUCAGAAUGCUGCAUUUCAUCUAGCCGUGUUAAAAUCAGCGAUACACAACGUUUGGUGUCUUAUACUAUUUUGUGCUGAAAGGCAGCUAUUUACUAUUUAUAAUUUCGGUAACCGUAUUAUAAGAGCAAUAAGGUACUCGAGGCAGCGCUUUAUCUUCAAUAAUGUUAGUUUGAGCGUUGUGGCCCUUCGUACCUUAUUGCUUAAAUAAAUAGAGCCUCUAGUAAAAUAAAUAAACCCCUAUGUCUAAUGUAAACACUGUAGUAGUCCUGCUUUUAGCAUCGUACAUGCUUACAGUCACAUCUGUUUCUGUAAAACUGGACCAGCUACUAGAAUUCUAUAAAACCCACAUAAUGCGGUUCGCUCAGAAUAAUGGACGUGGCUACUUUUGUCCUGUAGUUUCAUAUGUGAUGUUUAGGAUGUACCUGUGCCGAGGCAUUACUAGGUAAUGUAACAUAAAAUUCAUUCUUGGUGUUGGAAUCCUAGUGGAGGGUUUAAGAGUGAACUCUCAAGACGUCUCUGUGUCUUUCAUCACGCAUUCGUAUCUUUUUCUGAGACCCAUGCAUUAAACUUCUCGGGCAAUAGCAGCCAUUUCA